AUGGGUGACUCCACAGAUAUUUUGACUGCUACAUCUGAUCAGGUUAGCCAUGACAAAUCUGAUUUCCGUGAUCUCCAUCCUAACCCUAUCAAGUUAGACGGCAGUAAUUAUCUUCUAUGGUCUCGAUCAGCCUCGUUUGCUAUUGCUGGACGUGGCCUCACUGGUUAUAUUGAUGGGACUAUCCCUAUGCCGACUGCUCCUGGUACUGCCAAGACUCGAUGGCUAGCCAACAAUGGUCUUCUUAUGUCAUAUUUUGUUGGUUCUAUGAAUUCAGAUCUAGCCCAGGGAUUUCUUCUACUUAAUACCGCGUCUCAGAUUUGGGCAGCCUGUAAAGAGACAUAUGGGCGGCUUGGUAAUGAUGCUCAGGUGUAUGAGUUUUGCAAAAAGGUCCUUCAUACUACUCAAGGGGACCUCACGGUGUCUAAAUAUUAUGCCACUCUCCGCAGCCUCUGGCAGCAAUUGGACCAUUUUUCAGAUUAUCACCCUGAUACAGCUACCAACAUCGCUGCCUAUAAGAAAUCGGCUCACCAGACUGCUGCCCCUCUUCGGCCUUUAUCUGUUGGUAGUUCUCCUUCAGGUCCUAUUACCUAUGACCACUGUCAUAGGCCUUAUCAUACCAAAGACAAGUGCUGGAAGUUUCAUGGCAAACCGGCUGACUUUGAAGCCAAGCGGGCUGCCAAGAAAAAGCCUAAAAGCAAGGCAAAUCAAUCUGAAUCUGUUGAUAUAGCCCCGGCUACAGACAUUGGUCUAUCCAAGGACGAUUUACAAGCUUUCCUACGUAUACUAAGGUCUUCCGUUGCUGCUGCCUCUACUACUUCUGCUGCCACUGCCAAUUCCUCAGCUCCUUCAGCCAUCGACCAUCACUCCCUUGCUGCUGUCCAGCCACCCGAGGCUGCUGUCCAGCCUCCAGUGGCUGCUGUCCAGCCUCCCGAGGCACCCGAGGCUGCUGUCCCUUCACCUGCGGGGAAUCCAAUACAGGGGGAGAUCAUGGAAAUAGAUAGUGGUAAUGUUCCUAUUCAGGGGGAGCUGACUCCACCAAAGACUUGUGGGGACAAGGGAAAAGCUGAGCAGAUUUGCUACAUAUUGUACCCUGGGGAUGAGUCAGUGGAAGGAAAAAUUCUGCGUCUGAAACAACAAUACACACUGUGCUCUGCUUCUCUUCAAGAUAUUAUUGCUCGUUUUGAGAGGAGAUCUGGAAAGUCUGUGAACUGGGAUGAAUUUCCUGAAAAGGUUGCAGUACAGAUGAAUGACACUCACCCAACUCUCUGCAUUCCAGAGCUGAUGAGAAUAUUGAUAGAUAUAAAAGGCAUGGGGUGGAAGGAAGCUUGGAAUAUUACUCGAAGGACUGUUGCUUACACGAACCACACUGUUCUACCUGAGGCUCUGGAGAAAUGGAGUUUGGAGCUUAUGCAGAAAUUACUUCCUCGACAUGUUGAGAUCAUAGAAAUGAUUGACGAGGAGCUAAUUCAUACCAUAAUUGCUGAGUAUGGUAUAAAGGAUACUGACUUACUGCAGAAGAAACUGAAAGAGAUGAGGAUUUUAGACAAUUUUGAUUUUCCAGCCUCUGUCCUAGAUCUAUUUGCAUCAGAGGAAAGCUCUGCUACUGAUUUCAGUGAAGAUGUUGAAGUCUCCGUUGAAGAAGUUGAAGUCUCCGUUGAAGAAGUUGAAGGGUCCGUUGAAGAAGUUGAAGUCUCCGUUGAAGAAGUUGAAGGGUCCAUUGAAGAAGUUGAAAGUUCUGAUGCAGAGAUUAAAGCCACUGAUGAAGAGGAUGAGUCUGAAGGAAAGGAUACAAAGAAGAAGCAACCAGUGUUUUUAAAACCGGAUCCAAAACUGCCAAAGGUGGUCCGAAUGGCUAAUCUUUGCGUUGUUGGUGGCCAUGCCGUAAAUGGGGUUGCUGAGAUUCAUAGUGAAAUUGUUAAAACAGAGGUCUUUAAUGACUUCUAUAAGUUGUGGCCUGAGAAAUUUCAAAAUAAAACAAAUGGUGUGACACCAAGAAGAUGGAUCCGUUUUUGCAAUCCAGAUCUGAGUAAAAUCAUAACCAAAUGGGUUGGUACAAAAGACUGGGUCCUUGACACAGAGAAGCUAGCAGAACUUCGAAAGUUUGCGGAUAAUGAAGACCUACAAACUGAGUGGAGGGCAGCAAAAUGGAGCAAUAAGGCGAAAGUUGUGUCAUUAAUAAAAGAAAAAACAGGGUAUGUUGUCAGCCCUGAUGCAAUGUUUGACAUACAGGUGAAACGCAUUCAUGAAUACAAGCGCCAAUUAUUGAAUAUCAUGGGAAUUGUUUACCGCUAUAAGAAGAUGAAAGAAAUGAGUGCUGAAGAAAGGAAAGAGAAGUUCGUUCCUCGAGUAUGUAUAUUUGGAGGAAAAGCAUUUUCCACAUACGUGCAAGCUAAGAGGAUAGUGAAAUUCAUCAUAGAUGUUGGGGCUACUGUAAAUCGUGAUUCAGAAAUAGGAGAUUUAUUGAAGGUCGUUUUCAUCCCUGAUUACAAUGUUAGCGUUGCAGAAUUGCUUAUUCCUGCCAGUGAGCUUUCUCAGCACAUCAGUACUGCUGGGAUGGAGGCCAGUGGAACAAGCAACAUGAAAUUUGCAAUGAAUGGCUGUAUCCUGAUUGGGACCUUGGAUGGGGCCAAUGUUGAAAUAAGGGAAGAGGUUGGAGAAGACAACUUUUUCCUCUUUGGUGCACAAGCUAAUGAGAUUGCAGGCCUGAGGAAAGAAAGAGCUGAGGGCAAGUUUGUGCCAGACCCUCGGUUUGAAGAAGUAAAGGCAUUUGUCAGAAGUGGUGUUUUUGGACCCUCCAACUAUAAUGAACUCAUUGGAUCUUUGGAAGGGAAUGAGGGUUAUGGGCGUGCAGAUUAUUUCCUUGUUGGCAAGGACUUCCCCAGUUACCUGGAAUGCCAAGAGAAAGUAGAUGAGGCUUACCGAGACCAAAAGAGAUGGUCGAAAAUGUCAAUUUUGAAUACAGCUGGUUCAUACAAAUUCAGCAGUGAUCGGACAAUCCACGAAUAUGCGAAAGAUAUAUGGAACAUCAAACCUGUUGAGUUACCAUAGGAUGUUCAUAUCUGGUUGGUUUUCCAUGGUGUAUCUAUUGGGGGUUUACCUGUGUUCUUGCCGUCUGUAAUAUAACUUCUUUGAUGCUUGAGCUGUAAAGUUGUCAAAGCAGUACACGUAUAAUAAUAGCAGCAGUGGAGGGGGGGGGCACUUUUAAAGAUGGUAGGUAGUCUUCUGCAUCUCCUUUGCA